AUGGAAUUCUGUGGCAAUAUGGAUUUUAAGUUACCAAAGUUGUUAUUAAUAAUAAAAAUCAUUACAGAUAGAGUCAUUUGGAAAACUAGAUUUGAUAAACACCAAUCAAAAAUGAUAGAUAAUAUUAAUUUAACAUCUGGAAAUGAUGUUGCUGUUGUUGGAAUUGGUUUACGUUUUCCUGGAAAAGUAAAUUCACCCCAAAAAUUCUGGGAGUCACUCGAAAAAUCAUUUGAUGGAAUUGUAAAAGUCCCAAAAGAGAGAUGGUCAGAGACUUUCCAUGAACAUGAAUUAAUUUCAACUGUAAAUGCUGGUUUGGUGGAUCUCGAUGAAUGGAAAAAGUUUGAUCCGUUAUUCUUUGAGAUAUCACCAAAGGAUGCUGAUAUUCUUGAUCCACAAGAAAGAAUAAUGCUCACUCUUGCUUAUGAAGCUUUGGAAGAUGCUCAAAUCCCAGUGAGAUCUCUUAGAUCAUCAAAUACUGGUGUAUUUGUUGGUGUAUCACUUAUUGAUUACCACCAAUUACAAAAUGGCCCAUGCCAAAUUGACACUGUACCAAAGGUAUUAUGCGAUUUCUUCACACAUUCUGUGAUUGCAAAUCGAGUUUCAUAUUGUUUCGAUUUCAGAGGUCCAUCGAUGUGUGUCGAUACUGCAUGUUCAUCAUCUUUGACAACAACAGAUCUUGCAAUCAAAUACAUUCAAGAUGGUGAAUGUGAUGUUGCUCUGACAUGUGGAAUUAAUGCUUUGUUUGAUCCAAAUACAACCAGAUUGUAUGAUAAUAUUGGUGUUCUUGCAGAUCAUUGUCGUCCAUUCGAUCAAGACGCCAAUGGAUUUGUUCGAGGUGAAGGAUGUGGUGUUGUUGUUUUGAAGAAACUUUCGUUGGCUGAAAGAGAUGGGAAUCGAAUCUAUGCAGUCAUAAAAGGAAGAGGAAUCAAUACCGAUGGUCAUUGUAACAAGGAUACAAUGUCAACACCAUCAAGUACAACUCAAUCUGAGAAUAUCAAACAAACACUUCAAAGAUCAAAUAUCGAUGCUUCACAAAUCUAUUAUGUUGAAGCACAUUCAACUGGAACUGUGGUUGGUGAUCCAAUUGAAGUGAAUGCAUUGAUCAAUGUAUUCUCUUCAAAUCAUUCUCCAGAGAGACCAUUGAAGAUUGGAUCUGUGAAAUCAAAUAUUGGACAUCUUGAAAGUGCUGCUGGAGUUGCAUCACUCAUCAAAGUAUCAUUGAUGUUAAAGAAUCGUAAACUUGUUCCAAGUAUCAAGUUGAAUAAUUUCAAUCAAAAGAUUCCAUUCAAACAAUCGAAUAUUCAAGUUAUCACUGAAACUGAAGAUCUUCCGGAUGAUCAAUUGAUCAUGAUGGGAAUCAAUUCAUUUGGAAUUGGUGGAUCAAAUAGUCAUGUCAUUCUUCAAGAAUAUAAAAUUGAUAAAAAUAAAUGGAAUCAAAAUGAUAUUAAAAAUAAUGAUAAAUAUUAUUUGAUUCCAAUCAGUGCAAAUUCAUCAACAUCAAACGAUAAAUAUUUUGAAUCAAUCAAAGAAUAUCAAGAUAGAAUAUCAUUGAAAGAAUUUGCACUUUAUCAAUCAUUGACCAAGUCAUUCCAUUCUCAAAGAAGAGUGAUCAUUGCAAAAGAUUGGAAUGAUUUCAAUUCAAAAUCAGUUGAGAUUAAUGGUCUAUCACCAAUCAAAGAUUCAAUUGGAAAGAAAUUGAUUUUUGUAUUUUGUGGACAAGGACCACAAUGGAAUCAAAUGGGAAUGAAUCUUUAUGAGAAUGAACCAAUAUUCAAAUCAACAGUUGAUGAAUUAGAUUCAUUACUCAAAGAAUAUUCUGGAUAUAGUCUCAUUGAAAAGAUGAAACAAAUUCCAAAUGAUUCAAAUGAUAUUCACAAACCAAUCAUUGCACAACCUGCGUUAUUCUUGUUCCAAGUUGCAUUGUUUGAACUUUAUCGUUAUUGGGGAUUGAAUCCAUCAAUUGUUUUUGGUCAUAGUUUUGGAGAUAUCACAUCUGCAUAUAUUUCUGGAAAUUUGACAUUAUCAGAUGCAAUCAAAGUUGUUCAUUUGAGAGCAUCAUUCCAAAAUGAAACAAUUGGAUCUGGAAGAAUGUUGGUUGUUGGAAUCAGUUCUGAUCAGUUCGAAAAGAAUUAUCAAAAUCAAUUCCCAAAUCUUGAGAUUGCAUGCUAUAAUUCUGAUAAUUCAAUUGUAAUCACUGGAAACAAUGAUAAUUUAAAUGAAUUCACAAAACAAUUGAAACAAUCAGAUAUCUUUCACACAUUCCUCAGAACACCAUGUUCAUUCCACUCAUCACAUCAAGAAGUUAUCAAAGAUAAAGUAAUCAAUGAAAUCAAUGAUUUGAAAUCAAAACAAUCAACGAUUCCAUGGUAUUCAACUGUAACUGGUGAUCUAAAAUUAGAUCCUAUGGUUUCACAGUAUAUUUAUGAUAACAUAAGAAAUCCAGUAUAUUUCAAGAAGACAUUGGAUUCAAUUGUCAGAGAUCUCAAAGGUGAUUUGAAAGAUUAUGUAUUCAUUGAAAUAUCACCACAUCCAACAUUAUCUGGAUUGAUAACACAAACAAUUCCAUCUGCAAAAGUGAUUUCACCAAUUCAAAGAAACAAAGAUGAACAAUUAUUAUUCAAAUCAUCAUUGGCAACACUUCAUUGUAUUGGUGUCAAUAUUGAUUUCAAAUCACAAUUCAAUCAAUUUGAUAUUUCAAAUCCGAUUUGGAGAGAUAAUGUUUCAAUUCUUCCUCGAUAUCAAUGGGAUUCUGAUUUAUAUUGGAGAGAAUCACAUCAAUCAAAAUUCAAAAGAUUGAAUGGUCCUUCAACUUCAAUUCUCGGAAUAAAAUCAGUUUUCAAUGGAAAUGAAAAUUAUAUCUCGGAUAUUGAUAUUGAAAGGAAACCAUACCAAUAUUUGAAAGAUCAUCAAGUAAAAGAUCGUCCAAUUCUUCCAGGUGCUGCUUAUGUUGAAGCAAUCAUUGAAAUAUUCCAAUCGAAACAACAAGAUAUUCUAAUUAAUAGAUUAGAAUUUAUGGUACCAUUCUUUUUAGAAAAGAAGAAAGGACAAUCCUUAAAAUUAGUCACUGAUAUUGAAAAGAUAUCGAAAUUGGAAUAUUCAAUUGAUUUCUACAACAAGAAUUCUGACUUUUAUGAUUUAGAAGAUGAAAUUUUCAAAUCUGCUAAAUCUAAAGUUACACUUCUUUCAAAAUCAAACAAUCGAAUAAUCGAUAUUGAAUCUUUCAAGAAUCAAUGUAAUUUGACAACAUUCACACAAGAAGAGUUGUACAAGAGAACCCCCAGAGUUGGAUUGAGAUAUGGACCUGCAUUCCAACAUAUUAAAUCGAUUUCCAUUGGAAAUCAAAUGUCAUUUGCAGUUUUACAAACGAAAUCAACAUCAAAUACACCUUCAAAGAUUCUCGAUGCGACAUUGAUUGAUAAUUGUGCUCACGGAUUAAUUGGUUUUCUUGACGAACGAAGACAAUUCAUUUUCAAAUCAAUUGAUGAUAUGAGAAUCAGUUAUCAGAAUCUUCAAGAAUUGGAAUCAAAUCCUCCAGAUCAUUUAUUCUUGUUGACAAGAAUUGUUGAUUACAAUAAUUAUGAAUGUAUUGGAAAUUGUUUACUUGUUGAUCCCAAUGGUAAAUUAAUUUUGGAAAUGAAGAAUUUCACAGUUGGAACAAAUGAAAGAUUGAAAAUGAAAAAACUUAAAUAUCCAAAUGAUGAACUUUUCGAUACAUUCUAUCAACCAAAAGACUCAACACUUUCAAAUCCAAAUGAUAUCAUUCCAUCACCUCUCAUUGAAGAAUCAUUGGCCUGUCUCGAAGUCAAUGAACUUAGAAUAGAUUUUACCCAAUGUUUUUUUGUAAUGUUCAUAAGAUUAGUUCCAGAAUUCAAUCUUGAAGAAGUUUUGAAUCAAUCAAUUGAAGAAUCAAUGAUCAAAUUCAAAUUCAUUUCAAAUGAUACGAAUAUCAAAUUAUUCUCAAGAGUAAUUGAAAUAUUUAAAGAUUGUAGGGAGUAUUUGAAUAUAAGAGAGGUUCCAGAAUCUAUUUCCAAAUAUGAUGCUUCUUUAAAUGAAAAUGCUUUCAAAGGAGGUCAACUAAUCAUUGAAACUUUGCGUGGAAAUGAUGAGUAUGGUGAACAAUUAUUCAGAGAUGGUGUUAUUUCGAAUCUAUACAAAGCUCCAUUCAUUCAAUACUAUUUCAAACAAACAUCAUUCAUUGCUGUUCAAUCAAUUUUGGAAUCAAUUAAACAAUCCAAUUCUAAGAGAAUCAUCAAGAUUCUUGAAAUUGGAGGUGGAACUGGAACAGUAACAAACUAUUUGAUUCCACAACUCGAUGAAAUGUUAUAUUCUCUUGGUGAUCAGAAUCAAGUCGAAGUUAUUUAUACUUUCUCUGAUGUUUCAUCUUUCUUUGUCAGUCCAAUGAAAGAUAAAUAUUCAAAUGAAUACAAAUUCAAAUCAAAUUUGAAAAUGAAAUUCAAAGUAAUUGAUUUGGAUCAAGAUUUAGUUGAUCAAGGACUUUUGAAAUCAUCAUAUGAUAUGAUUCUAAUGUCAUUGGUUAUUCAUGUCUGUCCAAAUAUCAGAUCUCCAAUUUCAAAUUGUCAUCAAAUUCUUUCACCAAAUGGAAUACUAUUAUUUGCAGAACCUGCUUAUAAAUCUGUAACUGCAGAUAUAUUAUUUGGUGGAUUUAAACAAUUUUGGAGUUAUAAUGAUGAUAUUCGUGAUCAUUGUGCUCUCAAACCAAAUCAAUGGGUUGAAUUACUUUCUGAAGAUAAUAAGUUCAAGAAUACAAGAAUUUAUGGACCAAAUGAUUCAAAUGGAAAUCAACUUUCACCAGAUUUAGGACAUAUGUUUAUCAUUCAUACUCAGAAAUCAUCAAUCAAAUCACUCAAAGUUAAUAAUAUUGAAAAAUUAUCAAUCAUUAUUGAUGAGAACCAAACAAUUCCCAUUGAAUAUUUUGAAGGAUAUUCAAAAGAAUCGAUUUCAUUGAUUAAAUCAAAUGAAAUUGAAUCUCAUUCGGAUAUUCUUCAAAAUUCAACUCAAAUUCUAUUCCUUCCAACUAUUGAACUUCAAAUGGUAGAUAUAUAUCAACAAACUUUGUAUUCAUUGGUCCAAUUAUUACAAUUGUUCACUUAUCAAGACAAACAACCAAGAAUCAUUGCUGUUUCCAAAGAUAGAGAAUCAUCAAAUUAUUUAUCAAAUUCCAUUGUUGGACUUUUAAAUACAGCUUUUGUCGAUCAUAGGGAAUUAGAUUUAUUGAUAAUCGAUACUGAUUCCUCAUUAAACAAAGAUUUGAUUCACAUUAUACUUAAACUGUCAGAACACAAAGAAAUACUUGGAGAAAACAGUUAUUUGAUAAUCAAUAAUGAAAUAAUGGUUUUGAGAGUAAGAGAUAUCAAAGAUGAUGUUUUCAAAUAUUCCAAAGCAUAUGAAACAAAUAAUGAAAAUAUAUUGACAAUGGCAAAUAUCAAUCUUGAUUACAAACUAAAGAAUAGAAGAGAGCUACAACCCAAUGAAUUGGAGAUUGAAGUUAAAUCAAUUGGAUUGAAUUUCAAAGAUAAUUUAUUCCAUCUCAAAUUACUUCCCCAACAAAUGAUGAUUGGAGGUGAUAUCUAUCAUCCUUCUUUUGGACAUGAAGCUACUGGAGUUGUUUCAAGAAUUGGAAGUGAUAUCAAAGAAUAUAAAGUUGGUGAUGAAGUUAUUUCAGCACAUACUUUUAAUGGUAUGGCUUCACACUCUAUCAAUGAUCAAUCUUUCUUCUGUUUUAAACCAAAAGAACUUUCACAUAAUGAAUGUGCUUCUGUUGGUGUAGUAUAUACAACAGUAUAUCAUUCAUUAUUUGAAGUUUGCCAUUUCAAUGCAGAGAGAGAAACAAUUUUAAUUCAUGGUGCAACUGGUGGUGUUGGAAUUGCAGCAUUGAAUGUCAUGAGAAUGUUGAAAUGUAAAAGAGUUUAUGCAACUGCUGGAUCUCAGGAAAAGAUUGAUUAUCUCAAAUCAAAUUAUUCUGAUAUCUUAAUUGAUGUUUUCGAUUCAUAUUCCCACGAAUUUUCAGAUAAAAUCAAAGAACAAUGCAAAGGUGUCGAUGUUCUCAUCAAUACAUUACCUGUUGAAUAUAUGGAGGAGAAUUUCAGGUCAAUGGCACAAUAUGGAAGAAUCAUUGAUUUAAUUAUUACUCAUGUUCUCAAUAAUAAUACUUUUGGAUUUGGUCAAUUCAAAAAAGACAUUCAAUAUAGUACUUUGGAUCUAAAAUAUUUAUUCUACAAUAGAAUUGAGUAUUGUAAAGAUUUAAUGUCAACAGUUUUCAAUGAUAUUAUUAGUGGUAAACUUCAAUUGACCCCAAUCAAAGUAUUUGAUGUUUUGGAAACAAAAGAUGCAUUCAAUUAUAUGAAAGAUCGAAAACAAAUUGGUAAAAUUGUAAUUGAUAAUUCAAACAUUCAACAAUCAAUCCUUAAACCAUUGAUAGAAUCAAAAGAUAGAAAACCAUUACCAAAGAAUGAUUUCAAACUUGAUAUUUCAAAUACAAUCAUUGUCACUGGUCAAAGUGGAUUAUCUCUUGAAUUGGUUCCAUGGCUUGCAAAAAAUACAUAUGCAUCUGAUAUUGUUGUUCUUUCAAAAUCGACAUUGAACAAUCGAUUGAAAUUAAUUAUCAAUUCAACAAAAUCAACAAGAAUUCAUUUCUAUCAAACUGAUAUCACCGAUAUCAAUGAAUUGAAAUCAAGAAUUGAAUCAAUUUCAAAUUCAAUGCCACCAAUCGAGACAAUUCUCCAUCUUGCAAUAAUUCUUGAAUCGUUCCCAAUCAAUGAAGUGACAUUCGAAAAUAUCAAGAAAGUUCAUGAUCCAAAAGUUGUUGGAGCACAUAAUCUUCAUACUCUAUCGAUUGAUCUCAAUUUACCAUUGAAACAAUUCAUUGUAUUCUCUUCGAUUUCAGGAUUUAGUGGUGAAGCAUCACAACCUGGAUACAACUCAGCAUGUCUUGCAGUUGAUGCAUUAUGUAAAUAUAGAAAUGAUACACUUGGAUUAAAAUCUAAAUCAAUCAGAUUAGGUCCAAUUCUUGGUGAAGGAACUGUUGCUGAAUCUGCUGGAAUUCAAGAAUUCUUUAUCACUAGAGGUGUUUAUCCAAUUCCACUUUCAAUAUUCUUUGGAGGUCUUGAAAUUAUUCUCUCUCAAACUCUUUAUUGUACUCCAAUUUUAUGUAAUGUAACAUCUGUUCGUUCAUAUGAAGUACAUCCUCACAUACAAUAUAGUAUUGAUCACAUGGUUGUUGGUGAAACUGGCAAAUCAAAUAUUUCAAAGAUUGAAAAUCCACUUGAGAUUAUUUUAGAUGGAUUUUCAAAUUUGUUGUCAAUUCCUAAACAUAAACUCAAUAUGGAAACUCCUUUAAAGAAUUUUGGAGUAGAUUCAUUGAUGACUGUUCAAGUCAAAUUCUUUUUAGAUACGAAUAUUGAACAAGAUAUUUUCACAAUCGCUCAAAUUCCCAAUCUUUCAAUUAGUAAUAUUGAAUCAACUCUAAUUAAUCGUAGAAAUUUAAAGAAAGAAAAAUAA